AUGCAUUGUCAAUUACUGUUAACCAUCAAGGGUCCAAAUUACUUUGUUUACAUUCACAUAAUACUUAAUAGACAACUAAAAUACAAAACGGAAAAUUGUGCAAAGUUUUCAAGGUCUUUUGAUAUUAACAUGAUGAAAUGUGGUGGUUUUUGGAAUCCUAGAAAUAAAUUUUUAACAAUUUUAGCCACGUUACUUAUUCCUUUGUACAUAUCGUUGGAAUUGUGUUUUUUUAUAUCGGAUCAGUAUGUGUUUUACAGAUGUGCAAUAGAUGAAGGUUUAUCAUAUGAAGUAAAGGAUGGAAAAUUUGCAUUGCUGACAAGCAACGAGUCAGAUAAACUUUUACUUAAAAAAGGUCAACGCAGAGCUGCUUGGAUUGGUGCAUGCAAUCAUUCAGUGAGAUUAUUAUUUGGCUUAUUGACCACUAUGAUAAUGGGUUACAUAUCUGAUCAUUUUGGCCGCCGUUUGUCAUUAGGCAUCAUGAUUAUCGGAGAAGCAUUACAAAUAAUCACACUUAGUGUGAUUGUCCAACUCCAAGCAAAUCCAUGGUUGACAAUUAUUCCUGGUUUAUUUGAUGGAGCUAUUGGAGGCGGCUUGUUAUCGAUACAAGCACAAGUUUCAGCAUCUUUAACAGAUUUAAUAGAUAAAAAUGAUGUCACAAAUAAAAAAGUCACUAAUCAAAACGAUUUGUGGACUUUAUUCACCUGGUUCGAUGGACUUGCUCUGAUAAGUUUAUCACUUUCAAAUCCUAUAGGAGGUAUAAUUCUUUAUCGAGUUGGCUUUCGACUACCAAUUAUCAUCUGCAACAUUCUUAUUGGGAUAAGUUUAUUGCUCAUAUUUUUCUUGCCCGAAUCUAAUGUUCGAAUUGGUCAGAAAUGUUCAGAUAUGAUAACUGUAAAUAAUGAUCAAGAUUAUCAAACUAAAGAUAAUGAUGCUGUGAUUAUUUCAAUACGCGGUAAAAAUUCAUUACUUUGGAGAGUGAAUUGUCAAAAUAUUCAAAAACAUCUCAGGAUUCUAAGGGGAAAAUACAAACAACACAUUCUGAUUGGAUUUAUUGUUUUCUUGUUAUCUGUUGUUACAUCAACUGAUUUAUAUAUUAUAUACAUAUAUUUAAUGGGAUAUCCUUUUCUAUGGAACUCACAAGAUGUUGGAAUGUACUCUGGUGUGACUGACGUGAUAUCGGCAAUCCUUGCACUAAUUUUCACACUUUUAAUGGCUCGAAUUAUACACAGAUCAGUAUCGGAAUCAAGUGGUUCAGUACCGCAAAAUAUGCAUGCAAUCAAUGAGAAUGAUCGACAGUUAAAAAAUGCUGAAUACCGAUCUGUUAAUUUACUUUUGAAAAUAUUAACUUUCAGUAUAUUCAUGAUGUUUGUGAAUAGAACUAUACUGGGUAUAGCCCACCUGUUUACUUCAUUUACAGCUAAUACUUUAGUGUAUAUUGCGAUAAUACCUAGAUUUGCUAAAGGAAUGAAUAACCCAAUACUAAGAACUCUUAUAUCUAUUUGGACUGACCGAGAAAAUCAGGGUAUGAUUCAUUCAUUCGUUGCGUUUGUAUCACGACUGGGCGUACUUUUUUGUUUUUCCGUAUUGAUUUUAAUCUAUUCUUCUACAACUAAUCUGUUUCCUGGCGCAGUAUUCUUUGUCUGUUCCAGUUUGAUACUUAUUGCGUUAAUAACAAAUGGUCUGGACAGUUAAACUGAAAUUGUGUAUUCAUGGAAGGUUUAAAACAAUCAACCCCGUGUUUUAAUUAAGUUUUCAUGGUUUUGGAAACUUCCGAAAAAUGAUUUUUUUCAUGUGAACAUUUUAUAGAUUUUUGUAUCGAAUCGCCAAUAAAAAUGAGAGAAUAGAUCCUAUGAAAAACUCUUGUGGAAAUAUCUAAUGCACAAACCAGAUUUCAUGAUGCGGCCUCGUUCAAAAGGAUGAUUUUUAUAAAUACAACUAAAAAAUAAACCUGAUUUUGUUAUAAACAGUUUAAGUGAUUAAUUGGUUCUUACUAAAAAUGUAUUCCAUCUUAAAGUGUACAAAUUAAACGAUUUUCAAAAAACAAUCUGGUUCAUUUUUUAUGUUUGUUUAUUCGAAUAAAUAAAAAAGAA